AUGCCUCGACAUAGUAAAAACAAUACGGCACUCUCAUUCUUUACGUAUGCGGAAGGAAAAGCGUUGGAAUAUGGGACAAAGAAGCAACGUUUGGGUAGAGAAUCCAUGAGAGAAUAUGAUGCAUGCUUCCUCUGUCUACAGAGGGCCCGUGAUCCGGUUUGUUGCACUCAAGGGCAUCUAUUCUGUCGAGAAUGCAUAUUGGAAAACAUUUUGGCACAAAAAAAGGAGAUUAAACGACAACAGCUUAUUCUUGAAUCGAGGGUAAAAGAUGAAGCGGAGGAAGCUAAACGUAAGGAAGAAUUGGCUAAAGAGGCAGUGAUUCAGGAUUUUGAACGUCAACAAGUUCGAAUUGCUCCGUUUGGACCAAGUGGUAGCUCGAAUGACGUUCAAAAAACCAGUGAUAAUAAUAAAUCUCUCGAAUUAAUAAGGAGCGAUAGUCGUUCGGCAAGAUCCAAUAAGGGUGCAGAGUCAUCUCAGACGGGGAAAAAAAGAAGCUUUCAACUUGAUGAGGAGGAAAUUGCGGCAAUAGCGGAACGUGAUGUGGAAGAGGCAUCAAAAAAAUUGGAAGAGGAGAGGUUAGCCGCAACGAAACCCAAAUUGCCAAAUUUCUGGCUGCCAUCGCUCACAUCCUCCGCAGACCCCGAUAAGAUAAAAUCGGUGAAGUUGCAGACUAUGUGUACCUGUAAAAAACUUGAUUCCAACAAAAUUUACAGAGGAUAA